AUGGCAGUGCCAGCGACUCCGGAUGCCGUCAGGCACGUUCCGGCCGAUCCCGUGGCAGCAGCGCUAGCAGCGGCAGCGGCGGCGAGCCCAGCCGUGAAGCGCGCCGAGCUGCGAGCCGCCGUGCGGGAACUGCGCGACCGAUGCCUGUUCCAGGCGUCCUCAUGGGCUGCAGAGCAGCUAAUCGGCCUACCCGCCAUGCCCUCCCAGUCAGAAUCUGCAGCAGGGGACAGCAGAGAGGAGCGAGGAGCAAGGGACGGGCAGGCAGGGGCUGCCAAGGCAGAGGCACAAACGACAGGAGAGGCAGCAGGGUCAAAAGGGACGGCGCACGGGGCCGAAGGAGGAGCGGCGGCGAUAGGUGAAGUGAAAGGGAGAGAGGCUGUGGAGGGGGAGGAGGAGGAUUCGGACGAGGUGCUGUUUGCGCGGGCGCUGUUUGAUGUGAGGGAGUUCAGGAGGGCAGCGCAUGUGCUGGAAGGGGUUCAAGGGAGGAGGGCGCUGUUCCUGCGCUGCUAUGCGCUCUACCUGGCAGGGGAGAAGCGCAAGGAAGAGAUCAUUCUAGAAACCUCCUCCCAGCAGCAGACCCUCCCGGGAACCAACCAGCAGCAGCAGCCCAUACCCUUCCCUGCCCACCCCACCUCCUCCUCCCCGGACAACCCCGCGUCUCCUGUGGCCAAUCCUGAGCUGCCACGUGUCCAGGCUGAGCUGGAGCGGGAGCGGGCGGCAGGGAGGUUAGAUGCAUGGGGGAAGUAUCUGCUGGGAGUGGUGCUGGCGCAGAGGGGGAGGGAGGGGGAGGCGCGGGUGGUUCUGUGUGAGAGUGUGCGGGAAUACCCUUGGAACUGGGCUGCGUGGCAGCAAAUAGAGGCCCUCUGUCUCGACCACGACACCUACCUCUCGCUCCUCCCCUCCCUCCCUGCCCACUGGAUGACUCUAUUCGCCCUCUCCUCCCUCCUCCUCUCCCUCCACCGCAACUCCGAAGCGCUCUCCCUCUGCCUGCACCUCGCCUCCCCCCCUUCCUCCUCCUCCUCCGCCUCCUCCUCCUCCUUCUCUCACUCCCUCUCUCACUCAUCGCAGCAAGCAGAGGGGGAGCAGGGGGAAAGGAGGCGAAUGGCGGAUGGGGAAGGAGGGGGAACUGCAGCAGCAGCAGCAGCACCAGGGGGAGCAGGAGAGACAACAACAGGAGGAACUGGCGAAGCGGCGGGGAAAGGAGGGGGCUUUCCACACAGCACGUGGGUGGCGGCAGCAACAGCAACGGCGCACUACAACCUGAGGGACUUUGACUCGGCAGAGGCUGUGUUCACAGAGUUGACUGGCGUUGACCCGUACAGACUAGAGGCCAUGGACACGUUUUCCAAUAUUCUCUACGUGAAGGAGGACUUUGCUGGGCUUAGUCACCUGGCUCACAGGGUGACAAAAAUUGACAAGUACCGGCCAGAGACGUGCUGCAUCGUCGGAAACUAUUUCUCCCUAAAGGGCCGCCACGAGCGAGCCGUGGCCUACUUCCGCCGAGCCCUCCGCCUCGACCGCUGCUACCUCUCCGCAUGGACGCUGAUGGGGCACGAGUAUGUGGAGAUGAAGAACAGUGCCGGGGCGAUUCAAGCGUACAGGCGGGCGGUGGAUAUCAACCCGAGGGAUUAUAGGGCGUGGUACGGGCUCGGGCAGACGUAUGAGAUUCUCGCCAUGCCCUACUACGCCCUCUACUACUACCGUAAAGCAGCCUCCCUGCGGCCCCACGAUUCCCGCAUGUGGUGUGCCAUGGGGCAGUGCUACGAGGCACAGCAGCUGCAGCAGCCGGAAGCCGCCAUCCGCUGCUACCGCCGUGCCGUCGCCAGCAACGAGAGCGAGGGCCUGGCACUGCACAAGCUGUCGAAGCUGUAUGAGGGGCUGGGGCAGAUGAGACAGGCGGCACACUUCUACAAGCGCAAUCUGGACCGAAUGGACUCAGAGCAGGUGGAGGGGCCGGAGCUAGUUGAGGCGCUGCUCUUCCUGGCCACACACCACCGCUCUGAAGGAAGUCUUGCGGAGGCGGAACGAUACUCCACGCGUCUCCUUGACUUCGGUGGACCGGCGAAGGAGGAUGCCAAGGCUCUACUACGGGAGCUUCGGAGCGUGCACCAGCACGAGCAUCAGCACCGCCCGCAUGGCAUGGGGCCGUUGUCGUCCUUGGGAUUGGAGAGUGGGGAUGAGGAUGAGGAUGGGAAUGGUGAUAGUGAUGAUGACGAAGAUAUGGAUUUCGAGGGUGGUUUCUAG